GCUGCUUGCAUGAGCUAACGAUUUGAAGACUUGGUUGCUUUGAGCUUAAGGCAUGCAUGCACUCACACAGUUGCAUUGAGUCUUUCCAAUACGACAAAUUUUGAGCUUGGUUCUUGGAGGAGGAAAUUGUCUGCAAACAAUGGAUUUCCUGGAUCUGCUCAUAUUGGCAUUGAUAUGCCAAUUUCUAAAAGUUCUCCUUGUUACUGCUGUUGGCCUAUUGCUUGCAAUGGAUCGCGUCAAUCUCCUGGGGCCAGAUGCAAGAUGGUGUUUUAUGUGUUUGGGCCUGCGCUCAUAUCCAGCAACCUGGCUGAAACAAUUACUUGGGAAAGUUUGGGAACCUUGUGAGUUCAUGUCUGAGGGGAAUAUGGGAAUCCUGCUUCUGAUCAUUCUCCUUGAACUUUGUGAAGAGUCAAGUAGCCCAUUUGGAGAUUCUUCCACUUGUUCUACAAAUGCAGACGCCUCCCUUUCUCUUGCACUACUAGCAAUUUAUGUUUGGUCUUAUGUGUAUAUUAUGAUGCGCGUGUAUGCAAACAACGAAGGUAAUGGAAUUGACAAAGAUGAACGCCUAGUAGUAAUAACAACAUCUGGAGGAGACUCAGAAGAAUUUUUAGAGAGUUCCAGAGAAGCAUUACUUCCUUCAAAGGGUUUUGAGAGUAGAGAGAAGUGUUUAGAUCAAAUUGAACCACCUUCCCAUGCAAUUGAAAAGAGAGAGAAGGGAAAAGUUCUGAUCUUUCUGGGAAAGAUAAAGCAGCAUGUUAACAAGUUGACAAGCCAGAUCAAACUGAAGAUGCUAUUAGCCCCUAGAACAGUUGCAACGGUCCUUAUUGGUGACAAUGCUCCUUUAUGGGUCAUUUACAGCUCUACAACUUUGAUAGGGUCUCAGGGAUCUGGAGUAGGUGCACCCAUCAUAACAGGCAUUACAGCAAUCAAGUUCAUCAUCUUGCCUGCACUAGGAAUCAGCAUUGUUAAGGCUACAAUCCAUGUCGGGAUGGUGGGAUCAAAUUCAUUACUCCAGUUUACCUUAAUGUUCCAAUAUGUAGUUCCACCAGCAGUGAAUAUCGGUGAGCCUGGAGAUCACUUUUAUUGUAGCUUCUGUCUUUGCAUUGCUGCUGCCUUUUUUUCCCCAAGAACUCACUCUCAGUACUAUAUUUUUGUGGUAGGUACAAUUUCCCAGCUGCUUGGAGCUGGUCAGACCAUGAAGUAUUCAAUUGAGCUAUUCGAUGCCAAGAAUGACUUUGCUUUAUGGCAAAGCACGGUGAAAGAUGUCUUUACUUAUCAAGGACUUGACACAGCUUUAGAAGAGACCAAACCAGUUGAGAUGAAGGAUAGUGAUUGGAGUAAUAUCCAAAAGAAGGUAGCAAGUCAACUUCGGCUGGCGCUUGCACCGAAGAUGGUAGAAGGCACAAAUAUUCAUAAGCAUUUAUCUGAUUUCAACAUGAUGGUGACACAAGUACUGAAUGUCGGGAACAUUCUAGAAGAAGAGGAGAAGGCUUUGCUUUUACUUGCGUCCUUGCCAAAGUCUUACAAGUCCUUAGUGCAGAGUAUGCUAGUGGGUAAGACUACUUUGGUGAUGAAAGAUGUCACAUCCAUGUUGUUGGAGAAUGAUAAGUUUCUUGGGGAGGAUGAUGGUGCCAAUCAAACUAAUGCUUUGGGGGAGCUUGGUAAAAUAAUGAUGGCUAUUGGUGAGAAGGUGAAUAUUGAAGGCAUAGGAGAUGUUCGUCUCAAUGUUCACAAUGGAAGAGUCAAGAUUCUCAAGAAUCAAGAAUGGUGCAAGGUCUACAAUGGUGGAAGACUUGUUUUGCAUGGAAGGAAGAACAAGCACAACAUCUAUGUGCUUGAACAACAUCCUGAGAAAGGGCUCAACAAAACCAUGAGGAAGAUGGUGUGGAAGCCUAAAGGGAUCUUGGUAGAUGGCAAGGAAAUUAAUAAGACCAAGAAGAAGGUGAGCUUCAACAAUGAAGUGGUGUUUGAUGAUGAUUACAGGAACGCACUGACCAAGUCUUUGCUCUACUUUGAGGCUCAACGCUCCGGUAAGCUGCCUCCUAACCAUAGGGUUGAUUGGCGUGGAGAUUCCGGCCUCAAUGACGGCCAGGAUGUUAAUAUUGAUCUCACCGGAGGAUACUAUGAUGCUGGAGAUCAUGUGAAGUUCGGAUUCACGCUGGCCUUCACCAUAACAACGCUUUCUUGGAGCACCCUGGAGUUCCAGGACCAACUGACAAGGAAUAAAGAGUUUUCUAAUGCAUUGAGUGCCAUCAAAUGGGGCACGGACUACUUGAUCAAAGCACAUCCGCAACCCAACGUCUUGUACGGCCAAGUUGGUGAGGGUGACCCCGACCACGCUUGCUGGAUGAGACCGGAGCAGAUGACAACCCCAAGAACUUCCUACAAGAUUGAUGAACAACGCCCUGGUGCUGAUCUUGCUGCUGAAACUGCCGCUGCCUUUGCUGCUGCUUCCAUUGUUUUCCAAGGAACGGAUACUUCCUACUCUAAAGUGCUUCUAAACCACGCAAGACAGCUCUUUGAUUUCGCCCGAACUCAUCCCGGUCUUUAUCAAAACAGCAUAAAUGAUGCUGGAAAAUUCUACUCCAGCAGUGGAUAUGAGGAUGAAUUGUUGUGGGCUGCUGCAUGGCUUUAUCGUGCUACCAAUGGAAAACCCUACUUAGAUUUCCUGAACGCGGCAGGAAACACCGGUGGCACCAGGACCACCUUCUCCUGGGACGAUAAAUACGUCGGUGCGCAGGUGUUAGUUGCUAAGCUUGUAUUAGAAAAGAAGGUGCCUGAUUCAGGAGUCAUGGCUCAGUUCAAGAACCAGGCGGAGCAGUUCAUUUGUGCCUGCGCUCAAAAAGGUAACGGCAACGUGAAGAAGACACCGGGGGGUUUGUUGUGGUUCCUACCGUUCGACAACCUUCAAUACACCGCAACCGCUACUUUGGUCGCCUCGGCCUAUUCCAACUAUCUCUCCGCCGCCAAGUCCUCCAUUCAAUGCCCCGGCGGCAUUCUUCAAUCCCAAGACCUUGUUGAUUUGGCUCGAUCACAGGUGGAUUACAUAUUGGGGUCAAACCCAAAGAAGAUGAGCUACAUGGUUGGGUUUGGGAACAACUUCCCUGGACAAGUCCAUCACAGAGCAGCUUCCAUUGUUUCAAUCAAGAAGGACCCAACGCCUGUUUCCUGUAAAGAGGGCUUCGACAAGUGGUUCAACAAAAACGAGCCGAACCCAAAUGUAUUGGAAGGGGGGGUGGUGGGAGGCCCAGAUGCAAAUGAUGCGUUUACUGACUCUAGGGGUAAUUUCCAGCAAAGCGAACCCGCAACUGUCACUCCAGCUCCACUUGUUGGAGUCUUCGCUUUUCUUGCCAAGUGAAAAUAAUUAAUUAUACUACUGUAAGACGUAUUAUAUCUAUAUCUACAGGGGUGAAUCCUCUAACUAUCACUCUACAGAAUUCACAGUAAUAAUAAAUAAAUAAAUAAAAAAGAGUAAGAAUU